AUGGACCCCGAGAUCAGGAAGAAGUGUACCGACGUUCUGGAGCAUUUCUUCAAACUGGACAGCUGCGAGCCCUUCCGCGAACGUGUGAACUGGGAAGAAUGGGGUCUGUACGACUAUCUGCAGGUAGUCAAGGAACCCAUGGACCUAGGUACGAUCCGGAGCAAGCUGAGCAAGAACGAGUACAAGAAGCCCGCCGAGUUUGCACGGGACACGCGUCUAGUGUGGAGCAAUUGCAAGCUCUACAACCAGGACGGAUCGGACCUGUAUCUACUGGCUGAUGAGCUUGCGCAGAAGUUCGAGGACCGUGUCAAGACGAUGAAGCUGGACGUGGGCCCCGUAUCCAGAGCUGACAAGAGUAUCCCAGCUCCGAGUCUAGAAGAAAAGAUCUACUUCAGCCAGAACAUAUACAAAGUCGCGCCCAAGGAUAUGGGCGCGAUUGUGCAGCUGUUGGAAGAGCAGUGCCCGAAAGCGCUGGACAAGAGCUCACCGGACGAGCUAGACGUUGUCAUUGACCACAUUGACAACAAGACGUUCCGUGACCUGGAGAAGUUUGUGCUGGAAAAGGUGCCGGAAGGAAGUCGCGAGCCGAUUGCCACGCCCAGGUCCUCGAAGAAGUCCCGACGACCGUCGAGUAAAAAGACUAAAAUUGAAGCAUGA